AUGGAUUGCUAUAUGCCCAACAAUCCCCAGUACGGGCUCGUGGAGUACUGCCCCGGGUGCCACGGCCUCUGCUGCGACCCUCUGCAGCCCUGCAGCUGUGUGGAGCAGGUCCGCGAGUUCACGGAAGACGAGUGCUGCCAGCAAGAAAACGAGAACUGCUGCCCGGAGAAUGGCGAGGAGUUAAACGCGCUGACAGAGUCGAUCGCUCCGUGCGAUGUGAACCUAGACGCGACUGGCGAGGGCGGCUGGCCCGGCGACGACAUGGGCUCCUUCUCCCUGCCGCCGCUAGAGCUGGACCCCCUCCCUUCGCUGUUUCCAUUCUCGCCGUGUUCCGGGUACAACCGAAAUAACGGGAGUGAAUGCCGGGAGAGGGGUGGAGGGGAGGCGGCCGACGUACUCCUCUCCUUGAAACAUGCCGUGGUUCAUGGAGACUGCGCUUCAGAGACCGUCCAUCCACAGCAGAUGAUGGUGAACGGCGGUGGGGGCUACCCGUACUACGAACACUACAGUGGCGCGCCGCUUUUUCCCACCAUGAGCGUCAACGUCUCCAUGAAUAUGACUAUGCACGGAUGUCCGCCUGACCAGCUCUGUUCUCAGGUUCAAUGGAACCAGAACGCAUCUACGCCGUCCGUCAACGUCGUAUACCCUCAAGCUCAAAACGUCAUAAGUCCAACCUCAUAUCCCUCAGCGACGUACUCCUUUACAGCGGACUUUCGACCGCCCAACCAAUCUGAUCCUCUGAUCACUGCUUCUUCCACCUUCAAACCUCUACAAAUCCAAAACCCCCAAAAAACAAAUCCAAACUAUUCAAUAUUUCAACAAAAACCGAAUUUUACGAGCCAAAAGACGUUAGGGCCGAUGCUGAAGCGAUCACCAUCAAAGAUGUAUAUGCAGGAGGGUCAGAAAGACCAGAAUAUGGGGAAUGGUUACACGAUAUUGAAUCAUCAAGGUCAGAUGCAUACGCAAGACUACGGAUACACUGCUUGUGUUAACUCAUCUGGAAAAGUCCAGGUGGGAGCCCUCAGUGGAUGCUCAGAAGACGACGAGCAAAAACCGAAUCUGUGCCGGAUCUGUGGCAAGACUUAUGCCCGUCCGAGUACACUGAAAACGCACCUGCGGACUCACUCAGGAGAACGGCCUUACCGAUGUGGGGACUGCAACAAGAGCUUCUCUCAGGCGGCCAACCUUACAGCACAUGUAAGGACGCAUACUGGUCAGAAACCAUUUCGGUGUCCGAUUUGCGAUAGGCGCUUCAGCCAAAGCUCAAGCGUAACCACGCAUAUGCGGACGCAUUCUGGUGAAAGACCGUACCAGUGUAGAUCAUGUAAGAAGGCAUUCUCCGACAGCUCGACGCUGACAAAACAUUUGAGGAUACAUUCAGGAGAAAAGCCAUAUCAAUGUAAAUUAUGCUUGCUCAGGUUCUCACAAUCUGGCAAUCUUAAUCGACACAUGCGCGUACAUGGCAACAUAUCGGGCGGAGUUCUUGGCUGA